GUCGGCCCCAGGCCUGAGGCUACCGGUUCCUCGGCCGACCCAGGAGGCCGGGACAGGAGAGUGUCCAGAAGGUAGAGCCAUGGCCGCGGGGAACAUCAACGAGCUGCCUGAGAACAUCCUGCUGGAGCUGUUCACGCACGUGCCCGCCCGCCAGCUGCUCCUGCGCUGCCGCCUGGUCUGCAGCCUCUGGCGAGACCUCAUCGACCUCGUGACCCUCUGGAAGCGCAAAUGCCUGCGUGAGGGCUUCAUCACCGAGGACUGGGACCAGCCCGUGGCGGACUGGAAGACCUUCUACUUCCUACGCAGCCUCCACAGGAACCUCCUGCACAACCCGUGUGCUGAAGAGGGGUUUGAGUUCUGGAGCCUGGACGUGAACGGCGGCGACGAGUGGAAAGUGGAGGAUCUCUCUAGAGACCAGAGGAAGGAGUUCCCCAAUGACCAGGUCAAGAAAUACUUCGUGACUUCUUAUUACACCUGCCUCAAGUCCCAGGUGGUGGACCUCAAGGCUGAAGGGUAUUGGGAGGAGCUGAUGGACACCACACGGCCGGACAUCGAGGUCAAGGACUGGUUCGCAGCCAGGCCGGACUGCGGGUCCAAGUACCAGCUGAGUGUUCAGCUCCUGUCAUCAGCGCAUGCGCCUCUGGGGACCUUCCAGCCAGACCCGGCAACGAUCCAGCAGAAGAGUGAUGCCAAGUGGAGGGAGGUCUCCCACACGUUCUCCAACUACCCACCCGGCGUCCGCUACAUCUGGUUUCAGCACGGCGGCGUGGACACUCACUACUGGGCCGGCUGGUACGGCCCGAGGGUCACCAACAGCAGCAUCACCAUCAGGCCCCCGCUGCCCUGAUGCCCUCAAGCCCCAAUCCGCCGAACCCUGACUGGUAAACUGCUAUCUGAGAAGGGCUGGGCUUGGGAAGGGGAGGUGGAGGCCAGGCUCCCUCUGACCUCCUAGUUCAUCCUUGCCUCCCAGUCACCUCUUCUUUGUGGAACCUCUCGGUUUGUGCAGCACUCACGUGCGGUGGGGGGCCAGCUCUCCACACGAGGUCUCACCCUGAAUGAUGGUAGGGGAGGCCUGCAUGGGCCCCUUUAAGAGAAGGGGCCCCUGAGGUUAGGGAGGUGUAGGGUGUUCCCCCAGGCUCCUCCCCCAGCUUCCUCCGAGGGUGGGUCUCAGAUGGCAACACAGAUGUGGGUCUUUACCUCCGCCUCCUGGGCCCUUUCUCCCUGUCAUCUUUGGGGGCCCUUGGGGCAGGGACAGUCAGGAUGUCUGGCAAGCCUGUGGUGCAGACACUGGGAGGUGACCAUGUAGCUCAGACAGAUCUGGGAGUGGAAGAUCUGCUGGCCCGUCCUCUGCCCCAUUCCACCACUCCCCAGCUCCCUCACUCUGCCCACCUGCUCAGAGAGGCUUUGGCCCAGAGGCUCAAGCCUUGCCUGAGAUUGGCAGGCCCGGGGUGGGGCAGGGUCCAGGCCAGGUCUGGCCUGUCCUCACUGUCAAUGAAGUCCCAGAAGCCAGAUGGGUACCAGGUGGGGGCAGGGCUCUCCAGAAGACCCCUGGAAUCCUGCACACAGUUGGUCACCCAGGGCAAGGGAGGGCCAGGACUGGGCCCUGAUUUGAGAGCUGGGGCGUGUGAGCCCUGGAUGAGCGGGGUUUGUAAGGACCGCCUGUCCACCUCCAUGCCUACGCCAGGCUCCCCGUGGCUUGGAGAGCAUUCCGAGCCCCCACCCCACCUUUGGAACUGCCACUCUCAGGGCCACCCCACCUCAACCAAGCACCCUUCUGCCUCCAGCAGUGCCCCGAUCCUGCCCCUGCUGCAUGCGGCCAAAUAAAAGGUGUUCCCAGCGCAACCUGUGCCCUGUGGUUUCUG